GGUUAGGUUGCCAGUUCAGGAUUGCUCUGCAUUCCCCAAAGUGGUGUUUUUGUUCAAAACGGCUCUAAAUCUGGGUUCAAUCAAUGUAUUUAAUCCCGGCUUCCAGGGAUGAGGUGGCUUUUGCCCUGGAUUCUAGCAACAAGCAGCAUUUUGCAGGCCAUUGCCCAGACCUCCACCACCAUGACCCCCACUGUCCCUGCCACAACAGAAGCCUACACACGGACUCAGUACUGUAAGUGGCCAUGCGAGUGCCCAACGUCCCCGCCUCGGUGCUCGGUAGGCGUCAGCCUGGUCACAGACGGCUGCGACUGCUGCAAGAUGUGUGCCAAGCAGCGCGGAGAAAAUUGCACUGAGGCCGACACCUGUGAUUUCCACAGGGGCUUGUACUGUGACUACAGUGGAGACAGACCUAGGUACGAAAUAGGAGUAUGUGCACAGAUUGUCGGUGUAGGAUGUGUCCUCAAUGGAGUCAGGUAUAACAAUGGGGACACAUUUCAGCCCAACUGCAAAUACAACUGCACGUGCAUUAACGGGGCUGUGGGCUGUAUUCCCAUGUGCACAAACUCACGCCCUCCCCUUGUCUGGUGCCCAAACCCAAAGCUGAUUAAGAUGGCAGGGAAGUGCUGCGAGCAGUGGAUUUGUGAUGACUCCAAGAAAAUCAGGAAGACGUCUCCACGCCACAUCUCCUCUGCAGCAUACGAGGGAGAGGAUGAAGCCUGGCAGAAGAACUGCAUCGUUCACACCUCAUCCUGGAGUCCCUGCUCAAAGACCUGCGGGCUGGGCAUCUCUACCAGGAUUUCCAAUGAUAAUGACCAGUGCCGGCUCCUGAAGGAAAGCCGCCUGUGCAACAUGCGGCCCUGUGAGGUGGAUAUAACCAAGCACAUUAAGCCUGGAAAGAAGUGCUUGGCUGUCUACAGGGCCAAUGAACCAAUGAACUACACCAUCUCAGGAUGUGUGAGCAAAAGUCCAUAUAGACCCAAAUACUGUGGCGUUUGCACAGACAACAGGUGCUGCACACCCUACAAGUCCAAGACUAUUGAAGUGAGGUUUGAGUGCCCAGAUGGAACUGAGUUUUCCUGGAAAAUCAUGUGGAUCAAUGCUUGUUUUUGCAACCUGAACUGCAAGAACCCCAAUGACAUCUUUGCCGACUUGGCUCAUUACCAUGAUUACUCUGAGAUCGCUAAUUAAAUUGGCUGAAUGUUGGAAUUGACCCAUUGCUCUGAUUUUACAGAGGUUUUAAAAUAAAAGGAGAAUCUU